AAAAUACUCGGGGCAGCUGAGCCAGUUCUUCUUCACCUUGUUGUUGUUCUUUUUAUUAUUUGUACGCUGUUAUUAUAGUCACAGACGUCGUCAGCUUUUAUUCUGAAAAACGCAAAGCGGAAGUGUAGUUUUGUUCUUUCCCAUAAACCAGAAAGCCAGGUUCGUGAACACGAUUAUAGUCCGGUCUUCAGUGUCAGGCUGAGGCUGUCUCGGUCUGGACCGGCUGUAUGGUGACCAUGGUGACGGGGGCUGCAGUGCUGCUGCUCGGACUCGUCGUGUGCUCGUGCCGGGCAGAGUUCGCUCCACCAACACUGAAUAUCAGCCUUGACGAUGAUCCAGAGGUGCGAUGGGCACCUCUUACGAAAGUCUUUGACGUAGACUUUCUGAACAAAGCUGCUGCAGAGAUUAUUGACAAAACUGUUCCAAAAUGGGUGCACCAUGCCGUCAAACCAAUUGUAAUGGCUUUGGAAAAGUACAUUCCCCAGCCAUAUGCAGGAGAGAUCCGUGGCCUUGCAGAACACUUCGGAGGAAGUCUUUCAGAUGUCAUUAUUCUCAACUUUGCCUAUGAAGUGUCUGCAUUUUGCACCAGCAUCAUAACUCAAGAUGUAAAGGGGAACUUAUACCAUGGCAGGAACCUUGACUAUCCUCACUCUGUUUUGAGGGAUAUGACUGUCAACUUAGUUUUCCUUAAAAAUGGAAAGGUGGCCUACUAUGGAACUUCAUUUGCUGGCUAUGUUGGCCUGUGGACAGGACAGAGUCCGAACAAGUUUACUGUGUCUGGUGACCAGAGAGGCACAGAUCGUUGGUAUAACUGGUGGAAGAACGUGGUGUCUGCUUUUAUCUAUCGGAGAUCCCCUGUUAGCUGGCUAGUAAGGGAGACACUGGAGGAUGCAGAAAAUUUCCAAGAUGCAGUGAUCCGUCUGUCAAAAAUCCCACUCAUCACUGGGGUGUAUUACAUUGUGGGUGGUGUGCGACCAGGGGAAGGGGCGGUCAUUACCCGAGACCGCACCGGCCCGGCUGAUAUCUGGCCACUGGAUCCUGUGAAUGGAGAGUGGUUCAGAGUGGAGACAAACUUUGACCACUGGCGUCCUUCCAAAGAUCAUCGAAGAGAAGCAGCAGUCAUAGCACUGAAUGCAACAGGCCAGGAGCACAUAAACAUGAAGACACUUUAUCAGGUUUUGUCGCUGUUUCCAGUGUGUAACGGAAUAACAGUGUACACAACAACAAUGAGUGCAGCAGUUCCCGAGGAGUACAGUACACAUGUCUGGCAAAAGGGCUGCGGAAUAAACUGACAAAGAGCAGUCAACGUGCAGUUCGUUGCUGCAGUACUCAUCUGUAUCUGAACUUUAAACUCUUCACUAAUCUGCAGGUUUCAUGAUAAUGUGGAGAUACUAAAGUAAAUAAUGAAAGGGGCUGGUUUUAUUUUUUUAGAAUGACAGUUCUUCAUCACUUCUAAUAAAAAUUACAUUUUCUAAACCUU